AGAGAGAGGGGCUGGAACAGAGAAAGAGAGGACUGGAAAAGGAAGAACCCUCGACAGAUGGACUCGCUGGUGAUUAAAGAUGGCGGCGGUUUUUGCUACGGACCACGAAGGAGGCUGCUGGAGUCGGAGUCCGACGCCGGAGCGCCGCAAAGCCCAGAGGAAACGAAAGCUGCAGGUACAAAUGGAAGGAAACGACACGCUCCGCCGAUGUCCCAUUUUUGUUGGAAUUUUCCUUUCAUGAAAGUGAGGUGGACGUUACUUCAACCUGAAGCGUAUCUCAAAUUUGCUAUGGAAUCCUUACUGAUUGGGCAUACAGCUGAAGGAUGCAGAGGGAAGGCGUUCAUCUGCAAGGAGUUACUUUGCUGUGGUGUAAGUAGGCAUCUGGAUCUAGAGAUCGUGUUGUUCUGGCUCGACAAGAACGUGCUACUCGGAUGCUGGGACUAUGAGUGUGAGCAGCCAAGGGGGCUUCCUGGUUGAUCUGGGUGGCAGCUUCAAUGAGGAUGCCCCUAGACCUCCAGUCCCAGGGGAAGAGGGCGAACUGGUGCUCACUGAGUUUCAUAAGGCUGGCUUCCAGUCAUGCAAAAGCCUCAAAUGCGAGGCAUCUGUUGCCACGCCCAGGCGGCCCGACCUGGAUUUGGGCUACGAGCCAGAGGGCAGCGCCUCGCCGACACCGCCUUACCUGAGAUGGGCGGAGUCGCUUCACUCUCUGCUGGACGACCAGGAAGGCAUCCAUCUGUUCAGGACGUUCCUAAAGCAGGAAUCGUGUGCCGACCUGCUGGACUUCUGGUUUGCGUGCAGCGGCUUUCGCAAACUGGAAGCCUGCGAGGGCAAUGACGAGAAGCGACUAAAAUUGGCGAAAGCCAUCUAUAAGAAGUACAUCCUGGAUAACAACGGUAUUGUUUCCAGGCAGAUCAAACCGGCGACCAAGUCUUACAUAAAAGAUUCUGUGAUGAAGCUACAUAUAGAUCCGGCCAUGUUCGACCAGGCUCAGACUGAGAUCCAGGCCACCAUGGAGGAAAACACCUACCCUUUAUUUCUUAAAUCGGAUAUAUAUUUGGAACAUGCGCAGGCAGGGGGAGAGAGUCCCCAGAUCUAUGCCGAUCAAAGUCCACUCUCUGGAACCACAAAGAAUCUGGCGGGUUAUUUGCCGACGUUAAACGAGCACGAGGAGUGGAAGUGCGAGCAGGAACCGGAAGAACCAUCCGAAUGUGACCUCACACCCAGCAGCAGGCUCACGCAGAGGCUGCUUACCGAAACGCCAUCGCAUCGCACUGCAGGAAGAUUCCAUGAAGAGUACAGACAUGCACCCGGUCGGGAUCCCGCCGACCGCUACUAUGCCAAUGCAGGUCAUGCAUUGGCUCCAGCCACCAGUGCUAACGAUAGUGAGCAGCAAAGCAUGUCCAGCGACGCUGACACGCUUUCACUCACAGACAGUAGCGUAGAUGGCAUCCCACCCUACAGAUACCACAAACCUCAUCGGCGGGAGAUGCAGGAGAGCGCACGAGCAAACGGGCGUGUGCCGCUGCCUCUCAUCCCUCGCACCAACAGGAUUCCGAAAGACAUCCACGUGGCACCAGAACGCUUUGCCGCCGACCUGAUCCUCCGCCUGGAGGGUGUCCUCAGAGAGAGGGAGACCGAGGAGCGACUCAGGAGGUUGCGACUGGAAGAAGACGCCGACUGUGUUCAUCCACAGAAUUACACCGACUACUACGGCGCCUUCCUGAGAGACGCCCACGAGGAGAACCCAGAGAGCAUCCUGGACGAACACGUCCAGCGUGUCAUGAAAACUCCAGGCUGCCAAUCACCCGGAACUGGCCGUCACUCACCCAAGUCCCGCUCACCUGACACUUUUAAAGGGACGGCGGGUUCCUGGGGAGCUCAGGGUAAACAUCCGUCCAAGCACACCAUCAAGGCAGAGUCGGGUCACCACUACAAGCAUCACACUCACCAAGCGGAGUCACCUUGGGGUGCGGGAUCCUCAAACAUAGACUGUGCAACCUAUGGCAACAAAGGUGGCGCGCAGUGUAGGCGGGCGUUCAAACGUGGAGAGGAAGCAACAGCUCCUCCGGAGGACAUGGAGAAGAAGCAGAAGAUCCUCCUGUGGCUCAUGGAAGGACAGAAGGAGAUGAUCCGACACAAAAAGAGCCCGUACGGUAGCACCGCAGGCUCCAGGAAGGGCCAGGGCCAACCCAGCUCCUCUUGGGACACUGUCCAGCCAUCGCAUCCUUUCAUCCAAGACCCCACCAUGCCGCCCAACCCGGCCCCGAGUCCGCUCAUCCAGCUGGAGGAGGUCCGACGGAGGCUGGCGGAGGAGAAGAUGAUCAAGUCCGGAACGGUGCAGCCCAAGCAGCGGUAUGUGAUGGAGGUGAUCCAACGGGGUCGCACCGCACUCAGGCCUCCUCUGUUCCCGCCGCUCAGUGUGGUGCCCGCCGUGUCGGACUGCGAGCUCUCCGAGCCCGAGCAUAAAGUGGCUAAAAAGCAAGCAAGUGACAGCAUGACAGUGGCGUACUACUUCUGCGGGGAACCCAUACCCUACAGGACUUCCGUCAAGGGGCGGCUGGUGACACUUGGCCAGUUUAAAGAGCUGCUGACCAAGAAGGGAAACUACAGGUAUUAUUUCAAGAAGGUGAGCGACGAGUUUGACUGCGGGGUCGUGUUCGAGGAGGUGCGUGAGGACGAUGCCACACUGCCGAUCUUCGAGGAGAAGAUCAUCGGCAAAGUGGAAAAGAUUGACUGAGGGAAAAUGCACGUGGAUGACGGGAGAAGGUGAACAGGAAGUGGGUGGAGAGCUUAACAGGAAGUGCGAUGUAGCUUUGUAAAGUUUACUUACAGAAAAGCGCUGCAGAUUUUUUUUUUUUUACGGUGUUCUAAUCACUUGUUCUUUCUAAAGUAAAAACACAUAUUGCGUCUUUUUAUAUGUAUUGAUACCAGGUGUGUACAGUUUGUGGUAACAAAUAGCAUUUUAUAUCUAUUUAACUAUUUAAAGAUUUGCUACCUAUUGAAGUCACCCCGAUGAAGACGAUCACAAUCCUUUAAAAGGGGAUUAUAUUGAUGACUUUAUUUUUCAGUGCCACUUAAAAGUAAUUUAUUUUUUGUUGUUGACAUUUUAGUGAGGCUUUGGUGCCUCGGUUGUAAUAAAGUUUUGGGUGGGGACUUAUUGUAGCACGAUCGGGAUAUGAUUUUUCCUCAAAUUGAUAGCCCACCCUGACUGUGUAAUAUGAUGAUGAUUUUUUUGUUAUUAUUAUUAUUAGGCCAUUUAUUCCAUUCAUUUCACCCAAGUCUUAAUCAAAUUACCUCCAACUGACACUAUGUAAAAUAUAUUGCAAUUGUAGAUUUGAACAUCUAUGCAAGCUGCUUUCAAAUGAUCAGUUUGUGUGAUCUCGAUCUGGACUGUAUGGACUUGCAUUCAUCUUUACACUACAUAUCAUAUGAGAGCAUUUUUGAAUGAAGGCAUAUUCAUGCAGCACAUAUUCAGUGCCUCUCAUUCAGGUGCCUGGAAGGAUUGCAUCUCAUUGGGAAGAAAAAAAGCACUCCAAAAUGUUAUCACACAAGUAAUUGUAUUUUUUUCCCCUUAUAACAAUUAAUAAGGUUGAAUUUCAUAGCAUUUAUGUGGCAAAGAUGCAAAGCUAAUGAAUGUACAUGCUAAAAACAAUGUGCAACUUGAAUUGAUUUUAGUGUUUGUACAACCUGAGGUGGUUCCGGCUUGUCCACCACUAAUGUUAGACCACUAAGGUGUUGCGGGGUUGCCCUGGCAACAACCGAGCCCUUUUCUCUUUACGACGAGCCGGUGUAGCACGAUGUGAUUUUUGAAGCUGUUAUUUUGAAGAUUUGUACCAUUCAUAAUGUGGGAGAGCUCAUUCUAAAUGAACCAUUGAGGUUUGUAAGUGGGAAUUUGUCAAGGAAAGGGUGUGAAAUGUCACAAAGUCUAUAGAAGACUCAAAACGUUGUCGAUGUUGAACUAACAAGAAGUGGACCUUGAAGUCUGAUUACGUGUGUUGCAGCUGGGGUAAAAAUAACCAGUUGAUGGAAUGUUAAGAUUUAGUUGCAGUAUAAAGCUAAUAUAUUGGUCAUACUUUAAUUUAUGGAUGUCAUUUUUGUUGUGUUUGUUUGACUAUUUCAGAGAAGUUUUUAUUUUCAAGCCCCUAAAAUGUCAUUCAAAUGUAUAAAGUGACCAUCAGAGUGCCUUGAUUAUCAUCAUUAUGACUAUUAUUAUUAUUAUUAUGAGUAUUAUGAUUGUUGUUGUUUGUAUGUAAAUAUGUGCAACAUGAAGUGUCAUCAACCAGCAGCCCUGUCAGCACAUUCAUAAACUCACAAGAGAGAGGGGAAAAAAAACACUUGAAAAAAGGUACCUGGACAAUAAAAACAUGCAAUAAACCAACACUGGACUAUGCGAUAUCAUUACAUAAUCACUAGGCAUCUGCUAAUAUGACAUUUUGACGGUAUGAUAACCUUAAGCAAACAUACCACAGUACCACGGUAUUGCUAGUAUAACUCUAAAAUGUGUUAUUUUGUGAGUUAUGAGUUUAAAAAAAAAAAAAAAAAAUUUCAAUUGAACAGGAUUUUUUUUCACAACAUAUUUGCAAAUUGGAACAUCAACAUGAAUAUAAUGGUAAAAUAACAAAACAAAUUUUUUUUAAUUAAAAAAUCUUUAAAUAAAAUUGAAAUAAAUACAACUUAUGGACUAAAGCCACUGCUUAAGUUGCUCACCAUUCGAACAAGAACCCUUGGUAAAAUACAACUGGACUUAAAAUCAAUUUGAUCAUACAGUAUAUUUAUGUAAAACGCACCCCACUACUACUAUUAGUAUUAAUUAGUUGAAUAUCAAUGGGGGGCGAGAGUAAGAGACAGGGCGCGUGUGUAUGACUCGUAACAUUAUUUACACAUUAUCCACACACACAACAAGUGUAGGUUUGCAUAGGGACGGUAGAGACAUAACACUAGCAACUCUUCAGGAUGCUCAAAUUGUCCCCACCAACUUUUAGGCAACCUUAUAUGCAUUAUAUAGUGAGUUCAGUUAUAUAGGUAAUUUUGAUUGUCUUCCCAUAUGUUGUAAGGAUAGAAUUGACCCUACCAUUAAGUGAAUAAUUUUUAUUAUGUUCAAACUUACAUUUACCCAUUUUCACUUUCACUGAAUGCGCGGUACACCCCCCCACCCCCAAAACACACCUGAUUGGCUGAUGACUUCACCCAACCCCGACACACACACGCAAGCUCACACAGCCCCGACAGAAAUACAUGUAUAUACUGCCUCCUCCGCCCCCUUCAAAGGAGGUGUUAUAUAAUUUUUUCGGCUAGCAGGAGCCACAGUAAUUUAAAAAGACAUGGGAAACACACCAUUAAUCUUACUACUGAAAGUCGAACCUGCAUCAGAGUUAGCAUAACAUUAAAGUGCAUGUGACACGAAAAAGCAUGUUUAUUUCAUAAUACACGCGGUAUUCUAUCCUCCUGAAUGAUAUGGACCGCUUGGAUGUGUGUGGAAGCGAUCGCUAUAUUUAUUUAGUUUUUUUAAUCCCGCGCCAUGAAAAUGAGUGACUUCCGGCUUCGGUCUUGCAUUGAGGAGGAGGGCGCUGUGACGUGUACGGGUGAAGGCAUCCUCUUCACUAAACAGCCGUACUGUUGUGUAUGAGGACUAAGGAUUCAGCUGAUUUUGCGAAUUAAUACGUUUAUUUUUUGCAUCACGCCAGCCAAACGGCUGCAGAAAAAUCUUGCUUUAUGAGGGAGAGGCGUGUGUGCCUUUUUGGAGUUUCAAAAGGUUCCUGUUCACCGUGGAUAUUGGCCAAAACAAGCCCGACUACUGUGGGACCAUUGGACUUACGAGGAAGUGAGUAAACAUCUUGUUUUGUAUUAUGUCAAAUACGAAAACAGCGAUUACAAAGUAAACACUACAAACUUUCUUUAAAUAAAGGACUACUUACGUUUGAUCAUUGAUGGGCAUGUAAAAAGCUCUCCACAUGCACAUUAGCUGCACAACAACUGCAGCCGCCCUCCUCCAGGGAACGAACUGUAAAUUGCUCUCCGCCGGGCGGUUUGCCGAUCCACGAACACAAUCGACAACCCACUCGUCAUGUCAAAUAAUCCGGGCUAGUUAUGUGUGAUUUUCCGCUUCAAAGACUUCACUCGGUUCGGGUUAGCAUGUCGGCUAGCUGUCACGCCUCUUGGUUUGUUUACAUUCUCGGAAGCCGGGGAAGGGAAAUGACAUAUGUCCGAUUUAGGUGUCAUAAAAUAUCGUUCGGGAGGUGCGACAGUAAAGGUGAAGUCGACAGUUUUGACCAUUUUGGAGUAAUUUUGACAUGUCGUCCUGAAUAGGUGCAUUUUUAUCAUUUCAUAUCCCAUUUAGCACAAGACUUAUUUGUCAUGUCUCAAAAUAUGAUUCUAAUUCACAUAAUGCUAUUUAAGAGUUUUUUUCUCCUGUCGUAUGCUCUUUAAACUGUGUAAACUUGCUAACCUGCAAAACCCGAGUAGGGAGCUGCUUAGAGAGAAGUGUCCUUCUGUUUGUGUUUUUAAUUGUCAACGUCAGACUGAGAGAAAUGAAGUGACCUCUGCUGAAAGCUAUAGAACAAGUAAAAUGUGAGCAAGAAGCUGCUUACAGAGAGAGAGGUGCUGCAUAACCUCAUAUGCUGCUCACACACACAUGACAUACAACAUAAUCAUCAUUAACUAUGUACAUUAAAAAAAUAUAUGGCGGAAAACACUCAGGUGACUUGAAGUUCCACUCUGAGACCCCCAAUUUGGCCAAAUUUCAAAACUGUCCGAUAUGCAUGUGUGAUACAUCAUUGGAAAGCUUAAAAUCUCAAUUUUCUGGGAGAAGACAAAUUUUGAACAGGAGGGCAUUUGAAAAAAAAAAUUAAACAGCAAAACCCUAUCUGGAGGUGAGAGCAUGCGAGAGCAGAAUUACAGACGCCAAGGCUUUAAGGAGAUAUUAUCGCGUACUUACCUUGUUUUAAUCCAAACACUCCAUGUAGCAUGUAUCACCGAGUGUCAAGAUACAGUUGUGAAUGGCCGUAGCUGGAUUUUUGGGGGGAUUUUAUGGGUGAAACAUGGUCAUAUAACAAGUGUCGCGAUGCAGAAAUCGCAGACAUCAAGGAGUGGUCGAGAUGUUCUUUUUCAUAUAUUUACCCUUUUAAACGUUUUUUUUUCUCCAACUUUUCUA